AUGGAUUUCUCUAGCUCCCUGCCUCCCUCACCUUCUCCAUUAUACACCUCCCCCUUCAUCCCCAACUCCUCCUUCCCCUCCACCUCUCCAUACAUCUCUCCUUCCCCCAGCCUGGCCUCAACCGCUCUCUUCUGCUCCCUCCUGUCCCUCCUGGCUCUCCUGGGCAUUGGGGGGAACCUCUACACCAUGGGUCUCCUCAUCAGACGCAGGAGAGGCAGAAGGAGGCGAGGGUGUUCUAGCUGCUGUUUAGGAGGGAGAGGAGUACCGUUACCAUCCUGCCUCUCCUCCUCUCCCCCCUCCCUCUCCCCUUCCUCCUCUCCCACCUCCUCUUCCUCCACCUCCCUCCACCUCCAGGUGCUGAGUCUAGCUCUGGCGGACCUCCUCUACCUCUUCACGGCUCCCUUCAUCGUGUACGACAGCCUGGCAGCUGACUGGGCGUUUGGGGAGCUGGGCUGUCGCCUCCUCUUCAGCCUGGACCUGAUCACCCUGCACGCCUCCAUCUACACCCUCACCGCCAUGAGUCUGGACCGCUAUCGGGCUGUGGCCAACCCCCUGGCCACCUCGUCCUCCCCCUCCUCUGGGCUGCUCCGUGUGGCCCUGGCCUGGGGCCUGGCGGUGGCACUCAGCCUGCCCAUGAUGAUCACCCUCCACCUGGAGGACGGAGACGACGGACAGCUGUGUGUCCCUGCCUGGGACGAGCAGAGCUCCAAAGUGUAUAUGAGCGUGCUGUUCUGUACCAGUAUGAUAGGGCCGGGGCUGGCCAUCGGGGGGCUGUAUGCUACUCUGGGCCGUCUCUACUGGGUGUCCCAGACCCAGCCCUGGGCCAGUGGUAGUGGGGGUAGCACGUCCUACCCUCCACGGGCUCCAAGGCCCAAGGUCCUGCUCCUCAUCCUGGGGAUAGUUCUGGCCUUCUGGGCCUGUUUCUUGCCCUUCUGGGUGUGGCAGCUGCUGCCGCUAUACCGGCCCGACAUGCUGCGGACAGUACCGGUGGGUACCCAGGUGACGGUGAACCGGAUCCUAACGGGGCUGACGUACGGGAACUCUUGCGUGAACCCAUUCUUCUACACGCUGCUCACAGGGGGGAAACGACGGAGGAACAGGCAGACACCGACGUCAGCGAAUCAGCUCUGCCGCAAGAGCAGUCCGCAGUAGUGUUCGUGACAACACAGACAGUCCGGUAUAAUAGACUGCUCUGGGGGCUGGUGGGGGGCUGCUUACAAACUGUCCGAUUCAAACACCCCCGUCUCCCCCUGAAAUAUCAAAGGGCAUUUCACUGUGUGAUUGUUACUUCAUAAGGACUAUAUUAAAGACAGCACUUUAUAUGCACGGAUGUGACUGGACCAUAUUUCCUAUUUGGAGAUUAAAAAUGUGACGGGCUGAGCGAAAAUACCAAAGCUUCAAAACAAAAGAAAUAUCUCAUUGAUUGUAUGAAUUCACAAAAAUACAUCCACAUACGGGCCAUGAGUGGAGUAUGACAACAGGGAAGCAGUGUUUGUGUGUUCUGUUAUCAUUUAGGGGGCUUUAGUGAAACCGUGCAUUUACAGUAAAAUGACGACGCACUUCUAUCAGUCUGGAAGGCCAGAAAAGGUUUUGCUUUUGAACAGCAACUGAUUGUCACUGGCCAUGACAUAUUUGGAGAUUUUUCUUUAAAAAGUUGUUUAUUGACACAGACUGAUGUUUGAGGGGGUAGAGAGGACCUCGUGUCACGGACCCUUAACGUUUGAUAUGCACCCCUAAAGUCAGACCUUUUUUUAUUAGCAAUACCUGCAUGUUGGGUUUGGACUUUUAUUUUGUAAUGAACUCUGCAAUGCUUUGCAUGGUGACGAUGACGCCUGUAUUUAUA